GAGAUCUAGAGAGAGAGAGAGAGAGAUGGAGAUAACUGAACAGCAGAGUAUGAUGAUAGAAGAGUUAAUUAUGGCUCCAAAAAUAGAUACAAAUUUUCCAAAUGAUCAAUUUCUCCCAAAUCAUUGGAGCAAUUUGAGUAAUCCCUUCGAUCAAACCCUAGAAAAUAAUUGGCAUUUGCCAUCACCAAAUUACAAUAAUCCUUCCCCGAUAAUAUCGGAGUUCAGUUACAACUACAAUAAUAACCCUAACUGUUCUUCUUUCGGAGAAUUCCAGCCUUUUCUCGACGCGUUAACUUCGCCCGAUUUCUCUUCGUUUUACGACCUACCGCCAAUGCCAGCUCAGCAAGAUUACGCAGCAACAACGAAUUUCGUCCAAGACGAAGAAAUGCGGUUUCUCGAUACUUGUAUCGAUAAUUACGGUUUCCAAGCUGGUGUCGAAGACGGUAGUACCACUCCUCAAAAUCAUGACAUCAUUAUCGAGAAAAAGAGCAACAAAUCGAAGAAGCCGAAUAACGGGCAGCCCUCGAAAAAUCUAAUGGCGGAGAGAAGACGAAGGAAACGACUCAACGAUCGUCUCUCCAUGCUCCGUUCCAUUGUACCGAAGAUCAGCAAGAUGGAUAGAACAUCUAUACUUGGGGAUACAAUUGAUUACAUGAGGGAGCUUCUCGAUAAGAUUCAAAAUCUACGCGAACAAGGCGUAGACGAGAAUACGAACAAGAUCAAUUUGAACGGGGCCUAUUUGAAAGAGCUAAAGCCCAACGAAAUAAUGCAAGUCAUGAGGAACCCUCCAAAGUUUGAUGUGGAAAGGAGAGACGAAGACACGAGGGUGGAAGUGUGUUGUACGGCGAAACCGGGACUAUUGUUUUCGACACUUAGCACCAUGGAUGCAUUAGGCCUUGACAUUCAACAAUGUGUUAUUAGUUGUUUCAGUGAUUUUUCUCUGCAAGCUUCUUGUUGUGAGGUAUCGGAGCAUCGUUCGGUUGUAAGUAUCGAGGAUGUGAAGCAAGCAUUGUUCAGAAAUGCAGGUUAUGGAGGAAGAUGCUUAUAACAUGGAAAAUAAAUAAAUUAAACGAGAAUAUAAUGUGCCUUUAUGUAUUUUUGUUUGCCCUAUAUAUUAGAAUUCUUUUAGUGAUAUAAUAAUUAGAUCUGGAUCAUGAUUUUGUGUGUACGUACGAUAUGUAUAUAUCUAUAAUAUAAUUAAUUUAACAUGAA